CCAAGUGCUCUAAUUAGCGAACAUCAGUAUUUUCCCCUUGGUUACAAACAAAUGACAUCUCGGAAGAGUUUUGUUUACGUAGGCUGGUGGUAGUAGGCGGAAAAAUGGAAGGGGAAUGGGAACUAAUGUGGUGUUCCUAGACGGAACAAGUGUUUAGGACUCAGUAAGUUUUUAUUUAUUCAUUAGCCCAAGAAAUCGGCAGUGUUUGAGGCGUUUGGUUUGAUUUAUAUGGAAGAAACUCCGUUUGGUCAGCUCUUUCAACACAUAAAAUGAAGAAAUUCGUCAUGAAACUACCGGGCAUAAACUAUUGAUCCAUUUGACAACACAUUUAUCAAGAAAGGCUGAUACUAUACAACUUGGAGAUGGACGAAAGAAGGCAACAAAAACCUUGGAAAGUUAUCCCUAAAACAUUUCAUGGCUAUUUCCCAAACAAUGAAGAUGGUUCUUUUGAAGAACAAAAACAAAUUCAAUUUCAAGAACAUAAAAAGAAUGCAAUUACUACAUCAAAGUACACUUGGCUGACAUUCCUACCCAAAAACAUAUUUGAACAAUUCCACCGAUUCGCAAAUAUAUAUUUUUUAACAAUCAUAAUUCUGAACUGGGUACCAGCAAUAAAUGCCUUUGGAAAAGAAGUUGCAAUGAUCCCGCUUUUAUUUGUGUUAUCUGUUACUGCAGUCAAAGACUUGUUUGAAGAUAGGAGAAGACACAGAUCUGAUAAAUAUGUUAAUAAUAUGUCAUGCAAAGUUUAUUCAAGGGCAAGCAAUGCUUAUAUCAAUGAAACAUGGAAAAAUAUUGUUGUUGGAGAUAUUGUGAAAUUAUCAUCAGAUGAUGCUGUACCUGCAGAUAUAUUACUUCUAAAUUCAACUGAGGAAGGUGGUAUAUGCUAUGUGUCAACAGCCAGUUUGGAUGGAGAAACAAAUCUCAAGCAAAAACAGCCUGUUAAUUUCCUGAAAGAUAAAAAGUCUCAGAAAGACUUUCUACCCUCUGAUGUCAAAUUUGUUGUUGAAUGUGAACAGCCAAACAAUCAAAUUCACAAUUUCAAAGGAGGGAUUAAACUUCUUGAUGGGAAAGGAAUACAUGUUGAUCAGAAUAACCUUCUUCUUCGUGGGUCAGUGAUAAGAAAUACAGAUGUUGUUGAAGGUCUUGUCAUCUAUGCAGGGCAUGAGACCAAAGCAAUGUUAAAUAGCAGUGGACCAAGAUAUAAACGUAGCAAGCUAGAGAGAGACAUUAAUAAAGACGUGCUGGCCUGUGUAUUCAUUCUUUUCAUUUUGUGCACAGCUGGUGGAAUAGGCUGUGGUUUAUGGACAAAGUUCAAUGUACAAUUGAACGAAGACUUAGGCCUUACUUCACGUGAGCCUGCUAUGGAAGGUUUUGUCAGAUUUUGGACUUUCAUCAUCAUUCUCCAGGUUAUAAUCCCUGUCUCUCUCUAUGUAUCAGUGGAACUUGUGAAACUUGGACAGGUUUAUUUCAUAAACCAAGAUAUUGAAUUGUAUUAUGAGCCAGCUGAGAACUUCUCUAUAUGCCGGGCAACAACAAUCAACGAAGACUUAGGCCAGAUAAGAUAUGUCUUUUCAGAUAAGACAGGAACUUUAACAGAGAACAAAAUGAUCUUGAAGAGGUUCACCGUUCUUGGCACAGAAUGUUCCAUUGCCGAAGGCAUGUGCAAUCAAGCGUUAGAAGAGCAUUGUCGAGCACUCGAAAUAAAUACUCUGAGUGACCGCAAAUUUGGUUUCAAAAAGAGCUGGACCGAUUUUUUCGUUGCAGUUUCAAUAUGCAAUAGUGUCAUUGUUGUUGACUCUUCUAAAAGCUUGGACAGUACUGGCUCUCGAGACAAUGAUGCCUUUGAUGAUAAUACCUUGCGAACUGCCAAAUCAGUGCAUCAAAAGGUCAAGCAAAGCAACUCGGUCCCGAAUGGAACCCAAGAAUUUUGUGUCGCAAAUAAUUCAUUUAGCAAUGGUAGCUCGUCAGAACCAAUUGUAGUUUAUAAAAAUCGACAUUUCUAUGAGAACGGCGAAACAUUCAUAGAAAAAUGCAAAUCAGAAACUGGACCUUUAUCUUCACAAGAUACUGGCUCAAACAGUAGCUUGCGAUAUAAAAGUACCUCAAAAACACCUAAACUUAGCAAAAUGUAUAAUAGCCUGAAGUACGAGGCUGAGUCACCUGAUGAAGAGGCUCUAGUUAAAGCAUCCGCUCAUUUUGGUUACGUAUUAAAGGCCCGUCUGCCAGGGUGCAUUAGGCUCGAAUUUCCUGACAGCAGUAUUUCUGAUUUUGAGCUACUCCAUACCCUAGAGUUUGAAUCUUCAAGAAAAAGAAUGUCUAUUAUUGUUAGGACUCCAGACGGAUUGAUUCAAGUGUUUUGUAAAGGUGCUGAUACGGCUAUUAUGAAUCGACUUGCAAAUCGCUCAGAUCCUUUAAUCGAGAGAAUCGAGUCUCAGAUCGAAGAAUAUGCACACGAGGGACUCCGAACUUUGUGUAUUGCAAAGCGGGAUCUAAGUGACGAAGAAUACGCCGAAUGGGCUGAAAGGUACAGCGAAGCUGCGUUUUUGUCAGGAAACAGAGAAGAGGUGAUGACAGAACUGUUCGACUUUGUUGAAAGUGAUCUGACAUUACUUGGAGCGACCGCUGUAGAAGACAAACUGCAAGAUGGCGUGUCUGAUACAAUAGCAAGCUUGCGUGAAGCUGGCAUCAAAGUUUGGGUUUUAACAGGAGACAAACGUGAAACUGCGGUUAAUAUUGCAUUUUCAAGCAAACUGCUGGAUGAAGAAAUGGAAAUUAUCGAAAUGAAUGCGAAAACCAUGGACGAAUGUGAUGAGCAACUCGACUCUGGCCUUGAACGGCUCGCGUCUUUGCUUCCGACUUACACUUUUUCUCCCACACAUGCAAAUAAGUCUGUUUCAAUGGCAUUAGUGAUUGAUGGAUCGACAUUGGCGCUUGCGUUAAAGAAUUCCCUUCGCCAGAAGUUUAUCGACUUGGCAGAGUGUUGCAGUGCUGUGUUGUGUUGCAGGACAGCCCCAAUUCAGAAAGCCAGCGUUGUGAAGCUGGUACGUGAAAACCUGAAAGCAAUGUCUCUUGCGAUUGGUGAUGGCGCGAAUGACGUCAGCAUGUUGCAAAUGGCGGACGUUGGCGUUGGUAUUGUUGGCAAAGAAGGGAUGCAGGCAGUGAUGGCGAGCGACUUUGUCCUUGGCAGGUUCAAAUUUCUCAAGCGGCUUCUUCUUUUGCAUGGUCAUUGGUGCUACGACCGGCUCUCAAGAAUGAUUGUAUACUUUUUCUAUAAAAAUGCAUUUUUCGUGUUCUUGCUAUUUUGGUAUCAACUUUUCAACGGGUUUUCUGGGUCAAACGCAAUAGAUGACUUAUCCUUAAUUCUGUUCACCUUAAUUUUUACUUCAUCACCUUCAAUCGUGAUCGGUAUCCUUGACCAGUGUACAUCUGUCGAGCAGCUCCUCACCAGACCGCACCUCUAUAAGCGAGGACAAGAGAGCAAGGCUUACACGAGGAAGCUGUUUUGGGCAAACAUGUUGGAUGCUUUAUAUCAAAGUGUGGUGCUAUUUGCACUGCCCUAUUUCACAUACAGAGACACAGAUAUGGAUAUGACAACUAUCGGAGUGUUAUUUCACCAAACAGCUGUAAUCACUUCAUCGCUUCACUUAGCAAUUGAAAUACCAAGCUGGACCUUUAUCCAUCACAUAUUUCUCUGGGGAAGUAUCAUCCUGUCAUAUGCUUGGUUCCUUGGUAUAUGUGCUGUCAUUUGGUCAUUUCGAACUUAUUGGAUAAUAUACCAUGCUGCAACUACGUCAGAAUUUUGGUUGCUUACUAUAAUCUCCCCCGCCGCAGCAUUGCUACCAAGAUAUAUGAUUCGAUGCAUCCAAGCGAUUUUGUUUCCAAGCGAGGCAUCUUUGUCCAGACUCGAGGCUUUGGUAUCAUCAAAGAACAGUCAGCAUUCUUUGCGACGAUUUGGAAGUGAAACAUUUUCGAACGAACCACAAACGGCAGUGCGUGAUGAUGUUGCUUGAUGGAUGGGGUCAUAAAGUUGAAUUUUAUAGACUUAAAAUAAAUUGAUUUAUAUUUAUUCCAUAUUGGUAUAUUGCUUGUAAAUUACAUAAAUUGUGUUUCUCCAUUAAAUCACAAAUGAUUAUUAGAUUUGCUAUAAGAUGACUACUCCCAGGAAGUUAGGCCGGUCAUAUCGUAUAUGUUAAGCAUAUAUUCACCUUUCGUAAAACUAUUUCAGUCUUUUCAAUUUUCUCUUAUGAUUUCGCUUUCUAGUCAUCUUCCUAUUUUUUAAUUUAUAUUGUUACUUUAAUUCUUUAAUUCAUCCUACCUACUUUAGGUUGUAUUUUUUAAUUUACCUGGUCACUCUUCGCGGGAUUUUGUAAGUUAAACGAAGUUAGCCGAUACUAAAGACGCAUCGACCAUGCGGGGAAAGCUAAACGUUUUCGCUAUCUUUUGAUUAUCUGUUUUGUCAUUUGCCAUUUUUAGCUCGCUAGACAAAAUUCUAUUAUCAUGCAGUCAUUGUUAUAUAGAAAUCGUAUAAUUUUAAAGUAUGCUGUAAUGUAAAAACACUUGUGUGUUGCAAAUCUUAGUGUGGAGUUGCUUGAUUGAUUGGCUUCCGCUGACUCUGUUAUUUCUUUUGUGCAAAUUAAGGCUAGAAUCAAAAAAAUCUCAAUAACAGAAUUUUUCAUAUCAUCUCCUUUUAUCACCAUGCUAGUUUUCGUCAUUUAAGAAAUGUCAUGCCCCGAACUUCUAGUUUUAGAAGAUGAUUCAUAUAUUGUUUAUAAAUUUGCUGUGAGUUUAAUUUAUUUGAUUAGUUGUCAAGAUAUAAAAAUCUUGGCGUUUAAUGAUUCGAGAUAACAUAAGCAAAACCAUUUUUGUGAUGUGGUUUUAGAAAUACUGGUAAAAAUCACGAUUGACAAAAUUGGUGUCCGAAAACUAAAGUACGUUUUGUUCGAAUUAUCGGAAGCGUGUUUUUUCAAUACGUGAAAUUUAAGUAGGUAGAAUAUAUGUAGCGAUGAAUUAGUAUUUAGCGCUUUCUGCCUGUGGCGUACACAGCUCAUGGAAAGUGGGGAAUUCUGGGGAUGUUUUCAGGGCGUGGCUCUCUGGAAUCGUCUUCGCUGUCACGCCACAUUGAUUCACGGGAAACAGAGCAAUGCCUCUUUGAAUUUAUUUAAAUUGAAAUUGAAUUUAUUUGAAAAGGCACUAUUUGAGAAGGUUUCGUUGAAAUUGCAGCCGAAUGACUUUUCGUUUCGUCCAAUUGCAAUGGACCUGCAUAGCCCAAGCCCCCCUCGCCCCUUUGAUCCACUGUAUACGCCACUUCUGUCUAUCAAGAUUUGUAUAUAAUAUUCACUUCCCCUUUGUACGCACAACUCCAUUUAAUCAAACCCCUACAUUUUCUUAGACAGCGCGUUGUUGAGUGAAGUUAAAGUUGAUAUUUAGAGUUUAGAUGAAAUCGGGAUGAUUUGGGUAAAAAUAAUUUAAAUACAAAUUUGUUAGCUGUUUUCAAUGAUUUAGGAAAUGUUUGAAAUUGAAGAUCGUCUAUGAUAAAAAAUA